AUGCCGGUAUCUUUACAGAAGGUUCAUAAGCAUAUCGCUAAAAAGCGAGGGGUAGUUGACGCACUCCAUGAGAACAGCAGAGAUGCGAAGAGAUUGCGCCGCGCAGGCAUUAGAGACGAUCGGGUUGCUCGUGUCUCUGCCACACUGGCCCGGGGACGGCAGUCAUACAUUGACCGGAUUGUAUACUUCCACGAGAAUGUCCCGGAGGAUGCAGGCGUCUUUUCGGAUAGUGACAUGAUGAAUUUAAUUGUUAGGUCAGUUGAAGCAGAAGGCCCCAUAGCGAUUGUCCGAUGUUUCAUACGCAUUAACACUGGCGGGCAUAGAUACAUCAACCGAAGUGUCCCUGAAAUCGAGCAAUUACAGAGUGAGCGGCGGAAAGGCCGACCCCCUAGCAAACGGGAGGAAAACCUCCUACAGCGAACAGACGCGGAGAAUAAAGAGUUCAAGACUGGUUUCUGGCUGCCCGAUCUUAGCGAGCAAGAUGUAAUCAAGUCCCUUGCCUCAUGGAAUGGAGAUUGGUCCGGACUCAGCAGCAUGAAGUUCAUUCGCUUGACCAAGGAUGGUGGGAAGCAGUCUUCAGCUUUUCCUCCUAAAGGGAUGUCGUGA